GGAGGAGGGCCAAAGUGUUUGUUCUACCUCUUUUUCAAUUAUAAAUUCUGACAGAGUAACAGAGACUCUCAUUAAGCUCCAUUAACAUAUUGACUUACACAUCCCUCAGGAUUCCAAUGAAGGAGAACAUGGGACAUGCAACGCAUGUAUGACCAAAGUCACCAAACCCUGUCCAUGACAUGCAAUUGUCCCAUCCCCUUGGGACAGAACAAAAUUUAUAAUAUAAAGGGGAGGCUUCAGGGCACAAAAGGCUGGAGGAGGAAAACACCUCCGGAGGAGGAAAACACCUCUGGAGGAGGAAAACAUCUCUGCCUGCUGAUGACCAGCCAGCGGAUUGUCUCUGCCCUCUCCUGAAGGGACACCUCAGGGGGAACAGCUUAAAAGCAGAAGACCGAAGGGAAGGACUGAGAAUCACUCAAGUGACCUUGCAGCUGGGAAUAACCCUUGAUGAACCAGCGUGAACAGCACGGACCAAGUUUAACAGUGCCUGCAUCUCCACUUCUGUGCCUCUGCUUGAGGGCUGAUUCAGGGAUCCCUGAUUAGUGAGGUAACAGACAUAAAUCUAUUCUUUGUAUUCUAGCCCUGACCAGGUGGCUAUCCCAGCUGCCUGCCUGUGCCCACUUGUCACAGUUGUCAGGAUCUAGGAACAACCAUGUCGUGGCUAGCGAAAAGGUCAAAAAAGCCAAAAAAAAUGAAAAAGCUGAAGAAGUCAGGGGCUGGAGAGGCUGUGGUGGUGAAUCCCCACAUUCCAGGAUGGCCCAGCACGGAGCGCUGGACGCCCGUGGCCACUUUCCUUGCCACGAUGGCCUCUCCAGAGACAUGGCCCGAGAUAGAUGAUGGAGUGGUGGUGAGCCCGCACAGGGUGGAGAUCGCCAUGCGCGGGCUGCCCUGGAAAGGGGCAUCCAAAUCCUCCCGCAAGCUGGCGGGGAGGCUGGGCUGGCUGCUGGCCACGGGGCUGAGGGCUCUGGACAGGGAGGUGAUCUCGCUGCAGAGCAAGGUGAGCGAGCUGGAGCUGGUGACCUACGCGCGGGCCCGCGACUGCGAGGCCAUCGCGCUGCAGAGCAAGGUCAGGGAGCUGGAGCUGGUCACCUACGCCCGCGCGCUGGAGCGCGAGGUCACCGCGCUGCUGGGCAAGGUCAGGGAGCUGGAGAGGGAGCUCGUGACUCUGCGGGCCGCAAAGAUGAUCGCACACGAGGUGACCACCACCCAGGCAGAGCAGCGCUAUGAGCAGCAGUGCACUAUACAGCAGCUGGUGUCACCCAGGCAUAAAUAUGUGGAAAACAAGGUGCUGAUCUCCCAGGUUCGUGCUCCAGCUAUGAAACCUUCAAGGGAUCCUAAGGAAUGGGAUGGAAAUCUUUGGGGUGAGUACUCAGACUUUGAGAUUGAGAUUUAGCCAGAUUUAGCAGAUGGUGGGGUGGCAUAGAUCACACACAUUUACACUCUGAAAGAGUUCCAAUUAUGCACUCCUAGACAAGGAAAUCCUUUUAAAUUAGAAAUAAUAAUUCUAGAUUAUAUAGUCUCAUGGGGAUUGUGGUUUAUGAGUGGACCAAAAUUCCAAAAAAAAUCAGUAGAACCUUGGUCCCAGUUAUUCCAAGGCACUGCCAAACAUUAUACCCUGAUGGGAAAAUGAAUUAAAGAUGUAGCUUAGGCACUGCAAGAGACUGAAAGAAUUACAGGCCAAAACAACAUGACUGUACACCUACAGUACAAAACACAGUGAGGACCAAAAAUCAUUGAGAUGGUGACUUUCUGAAAAUAUUAUAGAGGAAAUACAAUUGUUUAUACCAAUGGAUUGUGCAAGCUCUUAAUCUAGAUGUGCUCAUUCAUAUAAUAACUUCUCACAAUGCAGUAUAAUUGUCUCUAUCUAUCCUUUUAUUCUAUAUCCUCUAUUAAUAUACUCUCUAAUGCUUAUAUUUUAUGUAUCUUUGAUUAUAUCCUGUGCCUUAUCCGGGGGGAUGUUAUUGGCAUCACACACCCAACAUCCAGUCAAAGUUCCCUCUGAAAUAGCACAAGCCACACCUCUCCAAUCUGUGGGGCCCAUUACCCAGUCUCCAGUUACCAAGCCUGGAAUGAUAUUAGCUGAAGGAGCUGGAGCAACCACGUGUGUAUCACCAGAUAGAGAUGACACUCCUGUUGUCCUCCACAGGCUGGCUUGUUGUGCUUCUUAGGCUUGUAUUAUAAGCAGAUAUCUUGAAUACAAUUCUGCAAAAUCAAUAUGUAAAUACCUGUGUGCGGUCACUUUUUACUGUAACUAACUUGUCACUAUUCUUUCUGGGAAGUGUCUGUAGAGCAGGUGACGUGUGCCCUCGUGUGAGCUUUAACUUGGAUAUCCAAGGCAGCUGUUCCCUUACAAUUGUGAGUAACUGAUGCCCACUGUGGAACCUUACAACACUGGUUACUGGAGAACUUCAUCCCCCUUCAACAUCAUGAGCUCUGCUCCAAGUUUGAAGGCGUAUGCUGCUUUGACCUGGCAGCAGAACCAGCUGGCGUGGGGGACAUCAUUCUCAAGUAUCUCAAGGACUACAGAUCACAACCUACCAGUGGUGCCUGACAGAAGGGGUGGGACACUUCACUCAGAGCAUUGUGUGCUUGUUUGUUUAUUCCUUUUCCCCUAUGCUUAAGUGCCUUUGUAAAUCCCCCAUCCCACAUCUCCAGCCCUGGCAGCAGUGGUCUCUUGAGCAAGGGAGUGGAAAUUUGGGAGGAACGGGUUAAAAAGCGGAAGACUGGCGAGGAGGAUGUAAAUGGCUCAAGUGACCUUGCAGCUGGGAAUAACCCUUGAUAAGCCAGCAUGAGCAGCAGCCAGUGAUCCCCUGGCAGGGACUGAGCUUAACAGUGCUUGUGUCUCCUCUGGUGUGCCUCUGCUUUGGGGAGUCCCUGGUUAGCGAGGUAGCAGAAAUAAAUUUACUCUUUGCAUUUUAUCUCUG